AUGCUCCUGGUCAACACUUUUCUCGCCUCAGUCACUUUGGCCCGUCCCCCCCUUAAAGAGCGGUGUGUUGGCAGCCAUGUCUCCAGCCAGGCCCACGAUGGACCCGCCACUCACUAUGGGCAUGCUCCAUAUUCCACCAACUGGGCUGGUCUCCAGAUUAUAUAUAUAUCACCAUUCCCACUUGCCACAAAAGCACACUUCCUCAUUGGGCACGACUUAUUUCCAGGGGACCGACACGUACGUGACUGCCACCUUCAUCGGACCACUGUGCUGACUGGAAGCGACUGUCAGUCCGCCUCCGCAUGGGUCGGUACCAAUAGUUACAAUGACUGCAGCGAUGCUAUCCUCCGAACCGGUGUCGAUUUCACUAUUGUGUGACCGUGGUUAAUGGUGACUAUCCAUAACGCAGCAGCGGACCCACCCAGUUAUCACAGCUUGGUAUGUGGUACCCUGAGAUUUCCUGCGACUUCAAAAAUACUCUCAUCAGCACGGCGACGCUGUCAAUCUCAGUGUAACAGCGCACCCGGAAUCGCCACGAUUGAGAAUGCAAAACCAUUAGCAAAAGCUCGC